CCCGAGGCUGAGGAGAGAAGAGAGAGAUAGGAAUAAAGCUUCAGGUUAUUCUGCAUUGACGGAUUUGUUUUUGAGAGAGGUUGUGAGACAGACAGCUCUUGGAAUCCAAUGUGAAACAAUCUGUCGCAGAAUGAGGAGCCGGUGACGGAUCUCAUUACUGGACGCUCUCGGAACAGACAAAAUCACAAACUGCUGCAGAGUUAAAGGGCAACGUCAAGGACGCAAAAACAGCAGAGAAUGGCAAGUUGACAGAUGCAAACAGAGUGUCCGGCUCUGACCUCUGCAACAUUCUCAUGUGUCCUUUAAGACGAUUCAGUCCGUCCUCCUGCCCCUGACUGUAUGUGAACAGCUUAUGAUAUGGUUCAUCAAUGUGUGGUCAGAACUGUGCUGAUCAGCUGCGGCGUUUGCAUCUUUCUGUUUGGAAUUCUUGUUAAUUUUGAGGAACCACUUAAUUACAGGUACAUGGUGCAACUUUCAAAACUGAAGCUAAAUUAUAUGUUUGGUUCAAGGUCCCAAGCUAAUCAGAAUGAAAGUUUAGACGUGCCCACCGAUUGUUCGAGCUGUGAAAGCACCAGCCAGAGGCUGAAAUCACUGUUCCUGUUGGAGGACAAACGACCUGCAUGUGAGAAGCUUUACAACAGGAUUGCCUCCGCCUCCAACCAGUGGAGAUCCGAGGAAGAUGUUCUCAGAAACAUCGCAAAGAUCCAUCAGUGCAAAUGGGGCAAACAGAAAAGAGCAGUAGAAAAUUUCAGAUGGGAAUUGAGAAAAUGUUGCCGCACACUUUCCGGGUCCUUUGUCACCCAACGGAACACGCCGGUGGGGACCGAGCUGUUCUACGAAGCAGAACCGAAAAAGAAAAUUAAAAUCACUCCUUCCAUCUUUGCCAUCUUUCCCAAGGAUUCGCCAUUCAGGGGUCGAUCCAUCCAGCGCUGUGCCGUGGUUGGGAAUGCCGGGAUACUGCACAACAGCAGUUGUGGGGCUGAGAUUGAUCAGGCAGAUUUUGUGUUCCGGUGUAACCUUCCUCCCAUGGGUGGGAACUUCACCAAGGACGUUGGAAGCAAAACACAUUUGGUGACAGCAAAUCCGAAAGUCAUCAUAGAGAGGUACGCCGAGCUACACAAAAGAAGGAAACCAUUCGCCAACACCUUGGUGAUCUACAAUGAUGCUCUCCUCCUCUUCCCAGCCUUCUACCACUCCAAAAACACAGCUCUUUCCUUCAGAGCCCACUAUACCCUACAGGACUUCAAGUCCAAACAGAGAGUGAUCUUCUUCAACCCUAUUUAUCUAAAGCACUUGGCUCACUUUUGGCUUUCCAAAGGGAUGCAGGUGCAGAAUCUCUCCACCGGCAUUACGGUGGCAAGUAUGGCCAUGGAGCUCUGCAGUGAAGUGUGGAUUUAUGGCUUCUGGCCGUUUGGGAAGAACACUGAAGGCGAGUUGAUGUCACACCAUUACUUUGACAGCCUGCUAGCAGAGCCAGACUUGCACUCAACUUCAAAUGAGUUCUACCAGCUCCUCCGUAUGCACAGUAAAGGCAUUGUCAAACUUCAGAUGGGUCAGUGUGAGGCAGAGGAGACAGAUGAAUUCACCUUGAAGCCAGGAUAGUUAGACCAUGACAGCUGCUCAAAUAUAGGCUUGAUUCCCAACCAGAGGGUCAAGUGCUUCAGUCCAGAUCCAUGAGCCUAUCUUUGAGUUACCUCCAUUGGGUGAAGUUCAUUGGUUGGAAACAAGACCUGGAUUGAUGCACACUUCUCAUAUAAAUAGCACUCUUUGUACAAAAUAUCACAACGUCAUAGAGAGUAGAGCUGUCAGCAUGAGACACGUUAUAUUGGAUAUGGGGCCUACCCAUUAAACAAUAGACCAUUCCACUGUUGAAUUCAUAUAGUGAAACAAGCCAUAGAAGUAGCUGAAUUGACUAAAUGAUUCCUUUUUCCUUCCUCUUUUUCACUCCAUGCAGCUCUAGAUUAUAAAAGAUAGGGUAGAAAGAGCGUCACCUGGAUGAUGCACUUCACUUUAAGGGGCUUUUGAUCAAGCUGGCUGCAAAAGGCUCCACUGACCUCAUUUCCACAAGCAGCGCCCCCCCCCCCGAUAUCUGAAGCUGAUAUCCGCUGGACAAAACACCUGAUCAUGACAAUUCUUAACAUUUUAACACAAAAGGGCUCUAGGAAAUUUAUAAGGCGCUUUAUCACAUAUGUAAAUGGCAUUCCAGUGCAGUGCUGGAGGAGUGCUCUGUUGCCAGAGGUAAUGUUCUUAGGUUGCAAUGUUAAACACAUCUAUCCGUUCAGGUGCAUGAUUCAGCUCAUGACACUAUUGGAACAGAAAAGGGAGUUUCUCCUGGUGUCCUGACCAACAA